UGUGGCGGCCGCGCGAGCCCCGCGAGGAGAGGCCGCCUGCGGAGAGGGCCGGGCCGCGGGGGACCGGGCCGGACAGCGCAGAGCCAUGGCCGAGGCGGCUGCGGUUCCGGAAUGGCACGUGGGGACUGACCUCCACCGGGAGGCCCAAAUCCAGUCUGCAGAGAUCUCCCUUUUGGCCAUCUUGGCUACUGUUCAGGCAGUGGAGAAGAAGAUGGAGUCUCAGGCUGUCCACCUUCAAAGCCUGGAAGUACGAACAGGGGCAGCUGAGAAGAAGCUGGCCGACUGCGAGAAGACCGCCAUGGAAUUUGGGAACCAGCUGGAGGGCAAGUGGGCCGUGCUGGGGACCCUGCUGCAGGAGUACGGGCUGCUGCAGCGGCGCCUGGAAAACGUGGAGAACCUGCUGCGGAACAGGAACUUCUGGGUCCUGCGGCUGCCCCCGGGCAGCAAGGGCGAAGCCCCCAGGGUUCCCGUGAAUACUGAAGACAUGGCUGGGUGCUUCUCCGAGCAGGAAGGCUGUCCAGAAGACUGGCAGAAGGAACUCUGCAAGCACGCGAAGGGGUGCCAGGAUACGCUGGGAUCCCUGGAAACUGGUCAGCUGGGGCCCCCUGCAGCAGUGUUACCCUGGAUCAAGCAAGAGCAAGAGGCAUGUGGGAGGGACUUGCAGGCGAAGGCUACUACACCCUUGAGCUCAGAGACCUGGCUGGCCAGCAAAGAGAAGAGGAGCCUGGAGGGAGAGUCUGAGGGCCUGGAGUCUGCCUGGGCAGCGGAAGGGGGGCUGGACCAGGAGGACUUGGAAGGCAGCGCCUUUAGAGAUCCAUUUCCCAUCCCCGGGGAGAAGGAGACGGCCUCCCUCCCUCCAGGCAGCCAGAUGCAGGCCUUGCCGGUGGCCCAGGGCCUGGAGCGGCGUCCGUCCUGCACCGAGAGCAGUGCGAACUCGAGGGGCUGGGAGCUCAGUGGGCCGCACGAUGGGGCGCACGGUGGGGUGCACGGGCGCGCGGCCUGCGCCCAGCCUCCCGAGGGCGUGGCCGGCGAGCUGCGCACGCGCCAGGCGCCGCGGGCCUACACCUGCACCCAGUGCGGCAAGAGCUUCGUCCACCAGUCCACGCUCACCACGCACUACCGCACGCACACCGGGGAGAAGCCCUACGAGUGCUCUGAGUGCGGGAAGCGCUUCGGCCGCCUGUCCACGCUGCUGGAGCACCGGCGCACGCACACGGGCGAGCGGCCCUUCCCGUGCGCGCAGUGCGGCCGGCGCUUCGGCCGCCUGUCCACGCUCGUGGAGCACCGGCGCACACACACGGGCGAGAAGCCCUUCCCGUGCGCGCAGUGCGACAAGCGCUUCACACGCCUGGCCAACCUGACGGUGCACCAGAGUGUGCACGCCGGCGAGCGCGCCUUCCAGUGCGCGCAGUGCGGCGCCUGCUUCGCGCACAAGCCCAGCUUCCUGCGGCACCUGCGCGGCCACUCGCAGGAGAAGCGCUUCGCCUGCGGCCAGUGCGGCAAGAGCUUCACCUGCCGCUCGUGGCUCGCGCGCCACCAGGGCAGCCAUGCCGGCCGCGCGGCCGCUGCCUGCGUGGCUUGCGAGAAGGGCGCCCCCGGCCCCGAGCCCGCGGCCCUCCUCGCCGACGCUGCGUGGGGACGACCCCCCGGUGGCCCUCCCGCCCCACCCGGGGGCGGGACCCAGGCCCCCAGGGCGCAGGACCACCGCGCGCCCCCCGGCGACGGCCAGCCCGAAGGCCCGGACCAGCCAGGCCCUGGGCGGUCACUGCACUGUUUUCUCUCUCGGGUGAAGAUGGAGAACGCGGGGUAG